AUGAGACUCGUCACUCUUGCCAGCCUGAUCAGGGCCACCGCCGCCGUGCAAAUGGUCCACCUGGGCUGGCAGACUCCCAGUGACGAGCCGCUCAAAGACAUCACGUUUCCCAUGUCGAUGCCGCGCGCGCCACGCGAAUCAGGCUACUACUUCGAGCAAGCCGUUGCGUUCCGCAAGGCCCCUCAAGACGUCAAACACAAAGUCAUCUACAUCGGCCUGCAGCCAAGACCGGACAAGGACGGCAAGAGCAUCGUGCAUGCCACCUUCUCGAGCUUCUUCCCCAGAACUACCGUCCGGGAUGGACAAAACUGCCGCGACGGGGCUGACAACGGCCCCGGCGUCUCCUGCGCCGUCGACGUGCCGUCGAGCUACAACGACACGUAUCACCUGCGCGUGCAGGCGAACAAGCAGACGUAUACCGGCACGCUGAUCAACCGCAGCUCCGGCCAGACUUGGCCUAUCGGGUCGUUCGAUUUGCCCUGCGGCGUGAGCCAGAUGAUGGGAGGCUCGUGGCUGGGCUUUGUCGAGUACUACAAGACCAGUUUGACGGAAUGCUCGGAGCAUCCCAAGACGGCUGUCACUUUCGGCACCCCGUUCACUUCGACACCCGGGGUAGACAUGAAUUUGACUACUCCGUACAAGGACAAGAACUGCGGAGCGGCGUUUCGGUGGAAGGUCGGACAGGAUGAUCCCAAAGCGUACGAAAUCACAAUUGGGUGA